AUUAAGUAGUUUGAGUCCUUCCUUCCGCGUUUACCUGCUACAGUUCAGGGACAAUGAAAAAUGGGCGUUAGGUCGUGGAUUGUUUAAGUUAUUCAAAGUAUUUUUUUAAUUUCCUUUCGCUGGUUAUUGGCACACAUACUGUAGAGAGUUUUAGGGGAGAGGAAAAGAAAGAAAGGGGCAUGAGCUGGAGAGUUAAACAUAGAACAUAUAGUUGCAGUUAAGUUAAGUGUAAGAGUUUUUCUGCUUUUCCACAAUGGGGUGUUGUAGCAGCACAGAGGGAAAACGUGAAUGGAAACCACUAGAAGAGCACAGCUGCACGGAUAUACCAUGGCUCAUCAUCUUCACUUUGUUUUGCAUUGGCAUGGCAUGCAUAUGUGGCUACCCUAUAGCCACAGGCGCUGCCGCCAGGCUGGCCUUAGGUUAUGACAGUUAUGGCAACACCUGUGGUCGGAACAACACCCAGAUUGAAGGAGUACCUCUCAGUGGUCGGGACAUGAGAGAAAACAAGUAUGUUUUCUUCUUGGAUCCCUGCAACCUUGACCUCAUUAACAGAAAGAUCAAGUCUAUUGCUCUGUGUGUUUCCAAAUGUCCUUCUUCUGAACUGAGUACAUAUGAGGAUUUAAAGAAGUUUUCAUUGAAUAAUGGCUCCCAGCUCUGUUCCUAUGAUAUUUCUCCUACAAGAUACACGAGCCACUCAGAAAGAUUCACCAAAUGUCCCAAACUCCCUGUUUCACAGAGUAAACCCAUUCCUGUGUUUGACCGCUGUAUCCCCACCGACAUCGGCUGCUAUGCCGAAUUCGCUCAGUCUUUCAUCACAUUUGUCAGUGACAACAAUGUGCUGCGCCGCGUUGUUGCUGGAGUCAUGGCCAGCAAGGAGAUCAUCAUGGGCCUCUGUAUUCUGGCCUUAGUUCUAUCCCUGAUCAUGAUGGUCGUCAUCCGGUACAUCUCCAAAGUGCUGGUGUGGAUUCUCACAGUUCUGGUGAUCAUUGGUUCAUUAGGGGGGACCGGCGUCCUCUGGUGGCUGUAUGUUGACCACAGGAGUGCACUACAAAAUAACACCACCUCUGUGUUGGGGAACGAAGUGGCUGCAGACAACGUAAAAGCCCUGCUUGUUUACGCGAUUGGGGCAACGAUUUUCACGGUCAUCCUCCUCUUAGUCAUGUUUUUCAUGAGGAAGCGAGUGGCCCUCACCAUCUCUCUGUUUCACGUGGCUGGAAAAGUCUUCAUCCAUCUUCCUCUGCUGGCCCUGCAGCCUUUCUGGACUUUCCUCUGUCUCAUGCUCUUCUGGGUUUACUGGAUUGCUGUGCUACUCUUCCUCGGCACUACAGGAACACCUGUAAAGAACAACAUCACAGGUGUGGUGGAGUACCACAUGCCGGAACCGUUUCAGUAUGUGGUGUGGUAUCACGCUGUGGGUCUUAUUUGGAUCAGUGAGUUCAUUCUCGCCUUCCAACAAAUGACUAUCGCCGGUGCCGUCGUCACCUACUAUUUCACCAGGAAUAAAUCCCAGAUGCCAAUUACUCCAAUCCUCUCCUCCAUGGCUCGAACCGUCCGCUACCAUCUGGGAACUCUGGCCAAGGGCUCCUUCAUUAUCACACUUGUGAAGAUUCCCCGUCUCAUCCUAACGUACAUCCACAGCCAACUCAAAGGGAAAGAAAACGCCUGUGCUCGCUGCAUGCUGAAGGCCUGUGUCUGCUGUUUGUGGUGUCUGGAGAAGUGUUUAGCUUACCUAAACCAGAAUGCGUACACUGCCACAGCCAUCAACAGCACCAAUUUCUGCACAUCAGCUCGUGAAGCUUUCCUCAUCCUGGUGGAGAACGCCCUCCGAGUGGCUGCUAUAAACACCGUGGGAGACUUUGUGCUCUUUUUGGGAAAGGUGCUCAUCGUCUCCUGUACGGCGUUUGCUGGCGUCCUGGCUCUGAAUUACCAGAGGGACUACACAGUGUGGGUGCUGCCUCUCCUCAUCGUCUGUCUGUUUGCCUUCCUGGUGGCACACUGCUUCCUGUCUGUGUUUGAGAAUGUGGUUGACGUCCUCUUCCUCUGCUUUGCUGUGGACACAAAGUAUAACGACGGCAGCCCUGGGCGGGAGUACUUCAUGGACAAGACCUUGAUGGAAUUUGUUGAGAACAGUAAGAAAAUGCUGCGGCACAAGUCAGAGGUUGGAGAUGGAAAAGAGAUGAAGUCCAUGACACGUGGAACAGUAGCUUGACUGAUCACCCUUAGGUGGAAUAAACAAAGAUAAAUCCUAAAAUUUAACUCAGAGUUUGUCAGCGUUUGACCCCAGGGAUGCUAAUGAGAUAACAGCAGCUUCGUGUGGAAGCAUAACAGUAAGCAAGGUUUUGUUUUUGAAACAACAGGAGUUGCUAUUUUUAAUAUAACACUAGCCUUUAAUAACGUUUGAGUGUGUUUUGUUACUGCAAAAUGGUUGAUAUGAUGAGUUAAGGUUACCCUUAUUCCACGUUUCUGUUAGAUUUUAAAUGUUGGCGUGAUUGUAACAUGGUUUAACAUGUUUGCUCCUGUAUUUUUGUCAUGUUCACAAGGUCCACUGUACAUUUUUGAAACGUGUGCCUCAAUUUUGAUAUAGGCUGUCAAUUACAGUAUACAUUUGCCUCUUUAAUAAAAUAAAAACGGUUCUGUUGUUUUUAUUGAGCAUUUCCCGC